AUGAAUAACAUAAAAGAUAAACGUAUAAAGAAACAAAUACAAAAAAGAACCAAAUUAUAUAAUACUAAAAAGGAAGAAAAAAAUAUGGAGAUAUCAUCUACCAAACUUAAAGAAAUCCGCAUGAAUGCACAAAGUGAUAUUAUAGAUGAUGAUAUGCUAACACCCAGAGCUUUUGAUAGAACAAAAAAAAGUAUGGGAGCAAAAGGUUUCGUAAUGAAUAUAUCGGAAAAUAACGAAUCAAAGAACGAAGACCUAAAGAAAGAUGAAAUAAUAAAUAAUAAUUUAAACAAUAAAAUGUUAAAAAAUAAUCAAUCAAAUGAGAAUAAUGGAUUUAAUAAUAAUAAUGAUAAUAAUAAUGAUAAUAAUAAUAAUAAUAAUAAUAAUAAUAGAUACAAUGGAAUAUUAAAUAACGAUGAAAGACAUAAUUAUGAAUAUAAUCAUAAUAAAAAUAUGAUGAGUCCUAACAAAAGGAAUAUUCCUGAUUGUAAUAAUAGUACUACUGAUAAUAGUAGAUAUAUAAAUUGUGAUAAUGAUAAUUAUAAUUAUUCAAUGAAACAAAAUGUAUCCUCUUUUAUGAAUGCAGGAUGGCAAACUCCUAAAAAAAGUAAUGUGGGUUCGUAUUACACCGGUAUAGAUCAUCCAUCAACUUUAAAAAAAUAUAAAACUCCUUGUGAAAAAGAUAUGUUAGAACCCGAUGAGAGUUUAAUAGGGAAUAAAUGUAUAACUAUCAAUAAUUAUGUGAAUCCACCCAAAUAUAUUAAUAAUUUAGUAACACCUAGUAAAUUCCCUUUAUCGGGUGAAAAUGAUGAUUUUAUGUCAUAUGAAGAUUUUAAGGGAUUAUUUAAACACAAUGCUUGUUUAAUAAGUGAAUACGAAUAUAAUAAUGAUAAAUCAUCCACCUCAUUAUUGGAUAAUUGUAGUAAACAAUACCUUGAAGAAUUAAAUGAUAAUAAUCAAAAUAAUGCUUGGCCAAAAAAAAAAGAUAACUACUCAUCUCCACAAAAAAGUAAUACUAUUCUACAAUGUAGUAAUAAUAUAAUUAGUAGUAAUAAUAAUAAUAAUAAUAAUAAUAAUAAUAAUAACAAUAAUUAUGGUAACUUUAAUAAUAAUAAGGAUUCUCCUAGAAGUAAGAAAAAAAGAUUCGAUGCACACAAAAAUAUUAGCACCAGGAAAAUAUUAAAUAUUGUAGUUUCCAAUGGGAAAAGAAAGGAAGACCAUAAUGAAGAUUCUUAUAAUAACAGUAUUCAUAAUAAUAUCAUGAAAAAAAGAAAGGUUAAUUCCUCAAGUGAAAAAAGUGAUCCAUGUGAUCUCGAUUCAAUCGAUUAUGAAGUAAAUCCUGUUCUCAAAACAGACAUUAAGAAAGAUAAAAAUAAUAAUCUUGAAAUAAAGAAUGAUGUAGCAAAAAAUACAAACGUUGAAAUAGAUAAUAGUGCAGAAAAAAAUAAAGAGGGGGAAAAAAAUAAACAUGUUCAAAUAAAUAUUAAUAAUAAUAAAAUAGCACUAAAUGAUGACGAAUCUAAUAACAAAUCUGUUAAUGAAAUGAUAAAAGAAAAACACAAUCCAUUAAAAAUAAAAUAUGAAGGAUAUUCUAGCGAUUUAAAUGUUAUAUUUAAUAAGGAAACAGGUACCCCAUAUCAAUUAAUAGCCAUGUAUAGAAAUUUGUUAGUUGUAAUAUCAAGACGUAAUCAGAAGAAUGAACCCGUUUUCUUUCAGAUAGUAAAACCAGAAGUUCGAGUGUUAAAUAAUAGCAUAUCGUUUACACAAGAAUUGAUAAAACAAUUAGCAUGGAUAGCUCCUAAUUUAAUUCAAUUAAAUAAGGUAACGAUAACGAAAGAAGUAUUUGAAUCUAAUCAAAGAUAUUAUCCAGAAUUUGUCACAGGAAAAAAAAUUGAAGACAUACAAAUUAGAGAACAUACAGAUAAUUGUGAUAAUCUAUAUAAAUAUAGUAAUGAAGAAAAAUUAGAAAUGCUUAAAAGAAUCAUAAUUAAUUGGGUAAAUAAGAAACAUAAUGAAUUUUUAGAAAAUUUAAAUCCAAAUUUUUAUUUAGCAAAAUAUUCACAACUAAAAAAAUGGCACUCCAAUUUUAAUUAUGAAGAAAUUGUAUUUCCUUCAGUUACUCUGGAAGAGAAUAAAGUUCUCGCACAUUUAGCUCGAACACCUCAAGAAAGUAAUGCUGAUGAUUUUAUUGUAAUACAAGAUAGUCCUAUUAAAUGUGCAACCAAUGAUUUAAGAAAGAAUGGAACAUUUUUACAAGAUAUGGAAAAGGAAAAGACAAGAACACCUUUAGGAAAAAAUCGUAGAAGAGGUUCUACAUAUUUAGGUGCCAUAGGUGCAUAUAAUAAUAGUAAUAAUAAUAACAACCAAACGGAAGAUUCUCCUUCUAAAAAAAAAGAAACAAAAAAUAUGAAAAAUAUUAGAGAAGAAGCAAAUAAGAAAAAAAUUAUUAAAGAAAUAAAAAUGGAAAUUGAUAAAGAAUUUGAUGAAUUAUUAGAUCAAAAGAAAAAAUUAGAAAAUGCUUUAUGGAUUGCUGAAAUUAUACAUGAUUCUUUUAUAGUUCAAGGUACUCAUACCGUUAUUGAAAUUCAAACCUUUGCAAAAAAAUUAUCAGAUAAAUAUAAAAGUAAUAAAGAUUUUCUAAUGGAUCAAAAUUAUAUUGCACAAAUAAUAGAAUUAUUACCACAAUAUAUUAAUGAUAUACAUAUCAAACCUGGUAUGAUGAAUAAAAAUAAAAAAAAUCUUUCUGUAAAAUCUAAGAAAAAUCUUUACAAUUUUCUAGAACCACUUUCGAAUGAAAUAAACACACUUAAUAAAAAAUAUCAAGAAUUAAAAAAUAAUAAAGAAAACAAAUUAAUAGAUCUUUGGAAAAAUUAUAACGUUCAAUAUGAACUUACCGAGAACAUUAAAAAAUAUUUUUCAAAUCCCGGAUCUGUAAGUUUAGCUGAUAUAUGA